CACGACACAGGCGCGAUCCAAAACAAAGUUCGAGCAGAGCAAGAGCACGGCCAUCAAACCCCUCGCAGCGGCUGGGGGGUGCGCAAGGGAGGUUUUAGUUUUGCGCGAGUCAAAGCAGGACGAUUUGGAUGUCUAGGAGGACAUCCCAGGAGCCAGAGAACAUGGCCACCUAUUCCCCGUACGGGUCCACUCCCGGCCAGGAGUAUUUCUACGACGAUAAGAGCUUCCCCAGCCCGUCCCCGACGCCGUCGCCUCGGGGGCCUUGCUACUACUACGGCGCGACACCUCAGCGGCCGGCGACGCGGGCUCACUUCCGCAACGGCAGCACCAGUGGCAUCAACAACGGCUUUGCCAGCCCUCGCCCACCGUCGUUCUCCCCCCGGUACACGAGCGACGGCCAGUACGCCACUGUCAAUGUGAGUGUUUCGCGGUCAUCGCGCAAGCCAAGUUUUUCGGGUCCGCCGCGCCCCACGCGCGAGCGCCGCUCCUCGUUUUCCUACCACCGCGCUACGGUAUCUCAUGGGGAGUCCGACGAGGACGAGUUCAUCGAUCUCGGCGGCCACACCUUCGUGCUGCCCGGGCGGUCGCGGUCGAAACGAUAUAAGGACCACUUCACUGUCAACGCUGGGGGGCAUGGAACUGAUUACGACUACUAUGCACAGGGCGGUCCCUACUUUGACAGGGAGGCUGGGUUCGCCUCGCCGCGGUACGAGCCUGAUCGCCGGCCGCCUCCCGCUGGGGCUGCCGCUGGCGCCGGACACUCGCGCCGCAACUCGACCUCGGUCCCGCAGCGUCCUCAGACCGCCCGGCCCGCCGCCAUGCACAGGAAGCCGCCGCCGCCGCCUCCUCCCCGCCAGGCCACGGAGGCCGAUGCCAGGCGGCACAAGAUCCCUCCCGGAUUCUCCCUCAAGAACUGGGAUCCCACGGAAGAGCCCAUCCUGCUGCUUGGAAGCGUGUUUGAUGCCAACUCCCUCGGAAAGUGGAUCUACGACUGGACUAUCUACCACCAUGGUGCCGGAUCUCCCAUCGGCGACAUGUCCGGCGAGUUGUGGCUCCUCCUUAUCCAGCUGGCCGGGAAGAUCAAGCGCGCCGAGGAGACGGUCCCCAAGCUCAGGUCCAAGGAGAACCGCGAGAUCCUGGAGGAGUUCAUUGAAGCCGGUUACAGACUCACCGACAAGCUCCGGAAGCUAAUUAAACUGUGUGAGGCCCCGAUGCUCCGCUCCGCAUCCAAGCGCAAGGAGGGUCAGUUGGGCAAGAACGCCGGUGUCGAGUUCGUCGAGACCCUCUGGGGUCGUGACCGGGAGUUCGACAAAACCGACCGCUUCAUGGCGUCCGUCCGUCUCUGGAACCUUCGCUUUGACACCAAUUGCGAAGAAAUGCUCCGGAAUCCCUCCAUCUAAAGCCAUUCCUUGCAUGGGCCUGUCUUCCUUGGGCUGGGCUUUCUAUUUUACCUUCCCGGCCGCGCGCCCGACAGCGCAAGAACCACAAAGCAACACAUUCCAGGAAUACCUACAAGCAAGGCUGUACGAUUAGGUCUCUUGUCGGGGUCAUUUGGUCAUCCAGGUCUUCUA